CUGUCACACUGUGAGGCUUUUCUGGGACUAGGAGUACAUACAGAGAGGAAAUCAAGAGCAUACAAUUUCAAAAGUCACUUGAGUGAACAAGCAAGAAUGAUUUUUAUUGAGCUAAGGGAAAGUACCACCUAUAUUUCAUCUGUACAGAUAAUACACUGCCUGGUUGCAAUAGAAAUUCUGCAUCAGCUUUCAGGGAAUGAACCUCAAAGUCAGCUUGCAAUGACACUUCUUCAGGAAAAGACGCUCUUUGAGAACAGAUUUGGACGAGAGGAAUUCAUAAAGUUCAUCAGAGAUCUGUUUAUUUGACGUGACAAAAGAAGCAGGGGUGAUAAUACUGACACUCUUUUCUCCCCAUUCAUUGAACACGUCUGUAAAGCUGAGGACUGUGAAAAAGCUAUAGAUGUUUUAAAAGCUGCGUAUGAACUCCUUGGGAAGGAUCCCUUUUUUGCCCAGCAGCUUGCCAGACUGCAUUACAACAAUGAAAAAUCUAAAGAUGCAGAAUAUUGGGCAGGGGAUGCAAAAUUUUAUUUGCCGAAUGAUUCUUAUAUUUUAGAUACAGAAGGUCAAGUCUACAGGAAAUGGUUUAGUUUCACUGUGGAUAAAAUGACACAGGAGGACACUCCUGAAAGCAUCAUUCAAAAGAUAGAGAUUGCUCUGAAAGCUAUGAAAUGUUUCAGGGCUGCACAAGCAGCUGCAAAAGCAGAACGUGACAGUAUGAACAAUGCUGGCUAUUUUGGAGAAGUAGAAGUAGGAUGUCGUCUUCUUUGAUUUUUGUCCACAGUCCACAUAUUUCACAGAAGUCCACAGGGGGAAUAUUCUGAGCUUGUGAAAUACCUGAUCAUGGAUUACAUUCCUAAAGACAUUGAAAAAACAUGGGGAAGGCUUCACUCCCGCUUAAAGGGCUUACGCCAGAACCUGUACAAUGCUCUGGAAUGGAUUUCAGAAGACCUAAGUUAUUUCCAAACAGAUAAAAACCACGAGAAAGAGGAAGAUGAAAAAGAUGAAAAGGAAGAACAAAUUUAUAACCCCAGAAAAUGGCUAAACAGACAGUCUGAGGUAUAUGCCAAAUUCUUCAUCUCAGCAUCACGUAUUGAGGACAGCAACAGUGGCCCCGAGAGCCAGCUAAUUAGACGCAUGAAUAUUUAUAAGAGUGGUGGAGGUAGUGUCACCAAUAUCCUGUCAUUCUUGACAGAUAAGAAAGAGAAUAGGUCAGCUGAAAAGCUCGAGAAGAUCCUUAGUUUCUAUCCAGAAAACCCACUAAGGGACAGGCUGGAGGACACCGAUCUGAUCAAUUACAUUUUGUGCCACAUCACAUUAGCAUGCUUAGCACCAGGAUCUGCCAAACUUCUUCCAGUGCAAACCCUUCGUGAGCUCAGUGUAAGAUUCUUUAAAGGAGAAAGACCAUUUCCAGCAAGUGCCCAUUUUUUGCUCACCUUGCUGUACUGGCCAGAUAAGGCAUUAGACAAAGAGCCUAAUCCAGAUAAAGACGAAAUUCUAAACUCAGCCCUUCAAACCCUGAAACGUUUAUACGACAUCAAGAUGAAAGAUGUUCCUACCAAAAAGAAAAGAAUUUACACUCACUUUUUCCUGGGAAAGGGUUACGGCUUAGGUAAGAUUGUGCACAAAACUAAAAUUGAUAAAGUAAUUAGUGGGUCCUUAGAUGAGAGGAGAAUGAAGUGGCUACAUGGAACCGUAUGGAAUAUUGCCAGGAUUCGUGACAUUCUCGAAAGUGUUUCUGGUUGGACCAAGGACAGAAAUUUAUUUAUACAUGGUCACGUGAAGGAGUUUCCCAUCUUGCCACUCCAUCGUGAUUCAGUGCCCCCUGGAAAUGAAAAUGUGACCUUUUACUUGGGCUUUUCAUUUAAUGGUCUUGUUGCUUUCAAUAUUGCAGUUGAAGAUAAUCCAACUGUCAGCAGAAUACAAG